AAGAAGAAGAAAGGCAGAAAACAUAAAUGGCGGGAGUAGUGUGUGUUUACAUCGACUAUGUACGUACAUACACAUGUGUGUUAUCCGUUACUGACAACUGUAAACGACGCCAAUGGUAAGAGAGAAGAUUUUCAAACCGCAGAAUUCUUGUGUCGUUCACAUUCGAGCCGGUUAAUGCCAACGUUAUGGUUUACUCGUUAUCCCUUCAAAAUUAGCUUCCACUACCCUCCUUUUAGUAACUUGUACCGUGUUCAAUAAAACUGCAAUUUCUCCUCAGGCUUCUGUCGGUGUGGUAGAGAGUCUUCAUAUCUCAAAUAGAUAACUUACCUUCGGCCAAAGUCGGUCCUCAGUACAUCUCCAGUGAAACCAUGUCUGUCAACGGAAAAGUCAUCCCGCACACACCGCUGGCCGUCGACUUCUGGCAGGUGCGAAAGUGUCCCAACACGCGGCUCUUUUUCCUGUCCCACAUGCACAGUGACCACACCGUGAGUUUGACUUCCACCUGGAGCAACUGGCCCAUCUACUGCUCACCGACCACUGCCACGCUGCUCAGGCUUAAACUGAAGGUAAAAGAGCAGUGGAUCCAUCCAUUAGAGGUGGGUGAUCCAUACCUUCUGCCAUUGGAUGACAUUGGGAAGGAGAAGCUGAUGGUCACUCUGAUAGAUGCCAACCACUGUCCAGGGGCUGUCAUGUUUCUCUUCGAAGGCUACUUUGGUUCUAUACUGUACACUGGGGACUUCAGAUAUACUCCCACAAUGCUGCGUGAGCCUUGUCUGAGGACAAACGCCACUAUUGAUGUCCUUUACUUGGACAACACCAACUGUGACCCCAACCGCACCCUCCCCUCCAGAAAGCAAGCCACUCAGCAAAUCAAAGAGAUCAUUCGCAGCCAUCCUCAACACAGUGUUGUCAUAGGUUUGUAUGCAUUGGGAAAGGAGGCCCUGCUGGUGGAGCUGGCAAUGGAGUUUAAAACCUGGAUUGAGGUUAGUUUUGAGAGAAUGGAGACCCUCAUAGCUCUAGAGCUGCCCGACGUGUUCACCACUGAUGUGGGAGCUGGUCGUAUUCGAGCGGUGGACCAGUCACAGAUCUGUCGUGCCUCUUUGCAACAGUGGAACGAAGAACAACCGACUUUGGUCAUCUUGCCCACCAGCAGGUCUGUGGUCUCCUGUCACCCCAACCUCCAUGUAGUGCCAUAUUCCGACCACUCCUCUUAUCAAGAGCUGGAGGAUUUUGUUUCUGCCCUUAAGCCUACCUCCCUCGCACCCAUUGUAGGAAACUGCUUACCAGGAAGUCUCCUUGCUUUACUGCCCAGCAAGAAGCGCCAUGAAAUCCUGGUGCCUGAUUCAGUCCGACACUAUAUGCUGAGACAGGCUGAAAUCCAGAAUUGCUCGUUAGUGUACACCAGCCUGCGCCACAGACACCUCCAGCCUCUUGCUCCCAAGGGAGUGGUAUUUGAUUCUCCUGUAAGGGGAUCCAAGAGGUCAUUUGGUGACGUCUCUGUCUGUGGAUCACAAAGCCUGGAACAGGAAGCUUGUGAAGAUGAGCUAGACACAGAAAAUAGUGAAAAAGACUCUGAGUGUGUCUUUACUGACAUUAACAAGAAACUCACCCCUAACAAAAGCAGAGAAGGGGCUGGAGAUGUAUGCUGCCUCAACAUCGUACCGACAGUUUCUGAUCAUAUGGUAAUGGAAGAGGAGUCAGUGGCACUCCCUCAAUUUACCCAGAGCAACGUUCCUUCAGUUGACAUUGCAAACACCAAGGUCUGCUCAAAGUCUGUCAAGAAAAUGAAAGGGCCUUUUAAAACUAAUGCCAAAGUAAAUGUCACAGCAUUACAUAAAAACCACAGUAUUCAACACAGUGGAUAUGUCGACCUCACACUGUCGAAUGAUGAAAGCGUCACCGUGCACAGUGGAAAUGGAAUUGAUCAGGAGGGCAAUAUAAUGUCACAUGAUGCUAGCACGAGUCAACACAAAAGAUGUGGAAAUGAUCAGCAAAACUGUUCAUUGUUAACACAGAACAGCCCAAAAAAACAUCUCUGUACUUUGUGUAGCAUGAAUGAACUGAAGGAGGAAUAUCUAGUGGAGCUUGAAAAUAGUCUUUUAAAUCAUCUGCCUUUCCAAGAUGAGGAUUUUCAGGCCUGUGACCUCCAGUUCCACAUCUUCAAAUAAGAUGCAUUAGACACCUCAAGCAAAUAAUGUGACCUGACAUGUGUUUGCCUUACUUUUCUGUGUGUCAACAUUAACUCUUAAAAGCCUAAGUACUAUUUCCCAAUGCUCUGUCUUUGGUAGCUUUAGUUAUAGUUUUCUUUGUGGUGCCUUAAUGUUGUGUCAAUUGCCUGGAAUAUAGAAAAUCAUGCUUGUCUGUUGAUCCAUUUAUACAUCUGUAUUAUUUGCUUGUCGGUAGCAGAACUCAGACCAUUUAUUUGGAGCCUUUUGAUAUGUUGAUUUUGCUAUUGGAGAAUUCCAUCUCCUGAUAACUGUUUGGGGUUUUUUGCCCUGAGAACCAGGUGUCUUGAAACAGUGAUGAUUUUUUUGUUCUUAACUUUUGAACACUUUAAAUUAAGAGCUGGGAGAUCUUUGAGAGCUUUGAAAUGUCAGAUCGGUGGAGAAGGAUUUGCUGCUGCAAAGAGACAAGAGUUACUAUAUUAGUCAAAAUCAAAAUGUAUUUUAAACCUUAGUGAGUAAACUGUGAAAUGUUGUUGCCAUAUUUCAGACCAGCCCUACUCAUGUUGCCUUUCAUUUGAAUGUUUAACUGAGUUUUGAGAAGAUAAUAAUACAUUUUCUAUUGCAUUCUUCAUAUUAUAAUGAUUAUCAUUAUUAUUAUUAUUAUUAUGGCAGUAUUCAGUUAAAUUUCACCACUAAGGAUAAUGAGAUUACUUCAAAAACACAUGUGAAAUUACAGCAGAGGAAAGAAAAGGCUUGUGAGGCUGUUUUAGAAUCAUCAGAUGUAUGUGUGCUGAAUAGCAGUAUUGCUUCUGAAUGUAUUCAUACUACUGUUUGAGUUGUGUUUUGUUUCCCAUGAUUGCCCUUUCUGCAUGUUUUGCUUAGAGUUGACAUUGACCAGUGGGGGGCAGCACAGCGGUGCAUCAUUGUCACCUAUAGCACAAAGACUCUGGGUUGAAGCCUGUGUUCCCUCUGUGCCUGCGUGGGGUUUAUUCGUGUGCUUCAGCAGCCUCACACAGUUCAUUAAGGUUAAGUGGAAAUUUAAAAUCCCCUGUACAGCAUACAUGGUUAUAUUAUGAUGUGGCUACUCUGUGGUGAACUGACAGUGUUGUGUGGGAAAUCUGUGAUGUCAUGUGUUUUUCUGUAAUAUUUGUGUCUCCUUAUUUGCCACUUGUUUAUUACAUACAUUUGCACACAUUGAUGUCUGUCCCUUUUUGAAAGCAUGGUAUCAGAAUCAUGACAUUGCAAUGCUGUUAUUCUUCCAUAAGAUGGCAGUAGUUUUUGGGAAAUGUUGCCUCUCAUAUAAUUGGCUGUUGGAUUUCUGUUGAAAUAAUAAUAAUAAUAAUAAUAAUGCAUUAAACAUAUUUUGUCUCCAGUGACAUACUGCACUGCAAUGACUCGGCCCAGUUUAAUCCCAUUAAACAUAAUCUGCACUUCUUGGAGACCAAAAUCCUCAUCCUCCUCAAAAUGUCCUCAAAGCUUGUCAGCCUUGUUGAGCUCUAGACAGGACAUUCAUUUGCAAAGUAACAACAUUCCUCCUCAUCACCUCCCAAGCAUAGCUUUCACAGUUAGUGGUGUAAUUUGUCUGCAGAGCUUUUUUUUUUUAUCCCACUUUUAAAUCAAUUUUAGUUUGCAUGCUCCUUGAUGCUGAAGUGCCUUAGGAAAGUUCUCCCCAUGUAAAGAUCAGAAACCUCAACAGCAUCUUGCAGAGACAUUGAGUAGUCGUCAAUAGUGGGUUGUCAGAUUGACGUGAGCUGCCAGCAGGAGCUACUGUUGUUCUCAUAAAGGAUGAAUGACCAGCUUCUUUGUGUGGGAGGACGGAGAUGUGUGAACACUGUUAAUUUUUAUAAAAUUUGAUUGUAAUUAUAGAUGCAUUACUGUGCAGCAGGAUUUUCAUGUGGCUGCCGAAUAAGAAGCUCGUCAAUAAUUUAUGGAGAACUGCAACUUCUAAAUAAAUCAGUCGUUUGUGAAGAUUCAGAAAAUGGGGAGAAAUGCCAAACUCUCUCCUUCACAAUGCCAACUGUCCAAACCACAAAAUCAUAGAAGUAGAUAUAAAUACACUGUUUAUUAUUCUGCAGAUAAUGCUCAAAUUUCAGAGGUGGGAAAUGAUGAAUGAUCAAGAAUGAUCAAAAUAGAUUUCUGAAUCAUUUAAUCAACUAAUCAUUUCAGCUUGCCCAAUUGUACUCUUGUAAACUGAUGAGUAUAAUCUACAAUAAAUCAUCUCUGUAUUUCUUUUUUAUAUGCAGCGAAGUGAAUCUUGUCAAUUCUAUGUAGCAAAACAGUUGUUUAAUGUAUGAAAUAAAUGUCUGUACAAAUAACUCAAAA